GCACAAAGACAAAUCAAACGUGCACGAGAAGAGCACUCACAAAGCUCACUUGACGUUCCCAGAGAUGAUGGCCCUUGCAGACCGCCUUCGGCAUGAACAGGACUCGUUCACGAAAAACAGCUCAUUUAUCGCACGUUCACUGACUGAGGUGUCAGACGACUACACCAGAAAGAACCUGGUGGCAACGGACAUUGAAAUCGAGUAUCAGCAAGACUUCAAGGAGCAUCAAGCGUAUCAACAAGUCCUUGUGGCUACUGGUUACAGACAAUCAGAUCUUAGAAAUGCUCUCCGGGAACAUGUUCUUCAGCUACGAGACCGGCAUGUAGAGCGGUUUAAUGCCGGCCAGUUCUCUAGACGUUCACACGGUAGACAGAGAAGAUCUGUUUUUGAUGAAGGAUCGUUUAACAGGUGA